AUGGCAAACACUACCAAGCUCGCAGUGAUUUUCGGCAUCGUUCUGGUUUUCCUGCAGGUGACGUGCGCCGUCUCCGCGCGCCACGCCGCAGGGACGACCAAGUUCGAGCUUCGACAGAACGUCCCGGCCGUGAUGACCGUGAACGGCUUCCAGCAAGGAGAGGGGGGUGGCGGGCCGGCAUCGUGCGACGGCCAGUACCACAGCGACGAGGAGUACGUGGUGUCGCUGUCUUCGGAGUGGUACGCCGGCGGGGCUCGGUGCGGCAAGACCAUCCGCAUCGCCAACUCUGGCAAUCUUAACAUAAACGCCAUGGUCGUCGACGAGUGCGCCGGCUGCGAUAACGAGGUGGGCGCGUCCAUCCAUAUCUGGCGUAACUUCCGUCUUGACCCCAGUCUUGGCCAGGCGGACAUCAAGUGGUCCGACCUUGACACGUCCCCCUGA